UUGAUAGUUCACCUUGGACAGCCUUUUAGUGCAUUUUUGCUAGCGCGGCACCGUGAUGGAGAAUUCAAGAGGAUCGCAUCGGAUCAUGAUAUCAUUGCAAGGGUUAAAGACAUAACUUCUGUUAACAACAUGGACAUCAGAACACUAGAAAUACUGUAGCUGUGUGGAGU